AUGUCCUCCCAAUCUAGCCAUCAACCUCACCUCUGCUUCCGGUCCUUUGUCGAGGCUCUCAAGGUCGACAACGACCUGGUAGAGAUCAACACUCCAGUGGAUCCUAACCUCGAGGCCGCUGCCAUUACCCGUCUUGUUUGUGAAACCGACGACAAGGCGCCUCUGUUCAACAAUGUCAUCGGCGCCGAGAACGGGUUUUUCCGCAUUCUUGGUGCCCCGGGUUCUCUCAGGAAGUCUCCUAAUGAACGCUAUGGCCGUCUGGCGCGCCAUCUCGCCCUGCCCCCGACCGCAUCCAUGAAAGAAAUCCUCGACAAGAUGCUCUCCGCCAGUGAACUCUCUCCAAUCCCACCACAAAUUGUCCCUACUGGUCCUUGUAAAGAAAAUAUCCUUGAAGAGCACCAGAUUGACCUAACUAAGAUUCCCGCCCCUCUGAUUCACCAGGCUGAUGGAGGCAAGUACAUCCAAACCUACGGCAUGCAUGUUGUGCAGACUCCCGACGGCUCGUGGACCAAUUGGUCCAUUGCUCGAGCGAUGGUCUCAGACGAGAAGCACCUGACUGGUCUCGUUAUUGAGCCCCAGCACAUCUGGCAGAUCCACCAAAUGUGGAAGAAAGAGGGCAAGGAUGUUCCCUGGGCCCUGGCUUUCGGUGUACCCCCUGCGGUUAUCAUGGCGUCCAGCAUGCCUAUUCCUGACGGUGUGACAGAGGCUAGCUACGUUGGUGCUAUGACUGGCUCCGCUCUGGAACUUGUCAAAUGUGACACUAACGGCCUGUACGUCCCUGCUACCUCAGAGAUUGUCUUUGAAGGUACCCUUUCCAUCACUGAUAAGGCUCCUGAGGGUCCCUUCGGUGAGAUGCACGGUUACGUCUUCCCUGGCGACAAUCACCUAUGCCCAAAGUAUAAGGUCAACCGGAUCACCUACCGUAACAACGCUAUCUUGCCCAUGUCUUCUUGUGGCCGAUUGACUGACGAGACUCAUACCAUGAUUGGCUCUCUCGCUGCUGCGGAGAUUCGUAAGAUCUGCCAGCUGGAUGGGCUCCCCAUCACCGAUGCCUUCGCUCCCUUCGAGUCGCAAGUCACCUGGGUCGCUCUGCGUAUCGACACUAGUCGUCUUCGCGAGAUGAAAACUAACUCUAAGGAGUUCGCUAAGCGAGUUGGCGACUUAGUCUUCAACCAUAAGGCCGGCUACACCAUCCACCGUUUGGUGCUCGUAGGCGACGACAUCGACGUCUACGAUGCCAAGGAUGUGAUGUGGGCUUUCUCCACCCGAUGCCGCCCUAACUUGGACGAGAUCUUCUUCGAGGAUGUGUGCGGCUUUCCUCUAGUCCCGUACAUGAGUCACGGCAAUGGCUCCCCCACCCGGGGUGGCAAGGUCGUCUCCGAUGCACUCAUGCCCUCCGAGUACACAACUGGACGGGAUUGGCAGGCUGCUGACUUCAAAGGCUCGUUCCCCGAAGAUCUCAAGGACAAAAUCUUGCGCAAUUGGACUAAAAUGGGAUUUUCUGAGCUGUAA